CCAAAGUGGGCGGAGUUAGAGAGCGGAGAGAAAGCGGGUUUGAAUAGUUACAGCAACGGAAAUAUUGAAAUUUGUAAGACGAUUUCAUUUUAUCUUUAAUUUUAUUGUGUCUUAGAUAAUUUAUUAGAAGGAACCUCGACGAGUGGGAGCUCGGAAAGAGAACCGGGUUGAGAGGAGAUUUGUUGGCUUUGUUUAGCGAGCUUGCCGGUAUCGGAGGUGCCGCGACCCCCCCUUCGGUGUUCAUAGCUUAGAUAGCCGAGUUAGCUUAGCUUAGCUUAGCUUAGCUUAGCUAACUGCUAAUCUUUACCCGACGGAUUCGUUUACAUUCUGAACACUGAAUAGCUGUGUGUUUCAUGUGGACUGGACUUCUAAAGGGAAACCAUGGGCUUGACUGGGAAGAAAUCGGAGAAAGGCCCAGUGUGCUGGAGGAGGAGAGUGAAGUCCGAGUACAUGCGUUUACGCCAGCUGAAACGCUUUAGAAGAGCUGAUGAGGUUAAGAGCAUGUUCAACUCCAACAGACAGAAGAUUUUAGAGCGCACUGACAUUCUCAAUCAGGAGUGGAAACUGCGGCGGAUUCAGCCAGUGCACAUCAUGACACCCGUGAGCUCAUUACGUGGAACAAGAGAGUGCACAGUAGACAGUGGCUUUGCGGAGUUCUCCAGACAAGUCAUUCCUCUUAAAACCCUGAAUGCUGUAGCUUCUGUACCUGUAAUGUAUUCCUGGUCACCACUCCAGCAAAACUUCAUGGUCGAAGAUGAGACGGUUUUGCACAACAUCCCUUACAUGGGAGACGAGAUCCUGGACCAGGAUGGCACUUUUAUUGAGGAGCUUAUUAAAAACUAUGAUGGCAAAGUUCAUGGAGAUAGAGAAUGUGGCUUUAUAAAUGAUGAGAUCUUUGUGGAGUUGGUGAAUGCCCUCAAUCAGUACAGUGACAAUGAAGAUGAUGAUGAAGAUGAUGACCAGCAUGAUUACAAACUAGAAAACUGUGAUGUGAAGGACAUUGCUGAAGAAUCUCGCAAGGAUCAGCUUCUUAACUCUGAGAGUCGAGGUCGUGACUUUUCAAAAAGGUUCCCGUCUGAUAAAAUCUUUGACGCCAUCUCCUCCAUGUUCCCUGAUAAAGGUUCACCAGAAGAGCUCAAAGAAAAGUAUAAGGAGUUGACCGAGCAGCAGCUCCCAGGUACCCUUCCACCCGAGUGCACACCCAACAUUGACGGCCCAAACGCCAAAUCGGUCCAGAGAGAACAAAGCCUGCACUCCUUCCAUACACUCUUCUGUAGGCGCUGCUUCAAAUAUGACUGCUUUCUUCAUCCCUUUCACGCAACUCCAAACACAUACAAACGCAAGAACCUGGAGAAUCUGGUGGAGAACAAGCCAUGUAGCAUUGAUUGCUACAUGUACCUGGUUCAGGAUGGCAUGGUGAAGGAGUAUGCAGCUGGUGUGGUGGCUGAACGAGCGAAAACCCCGCUGAAGCGUUCAACAGCCAGACGCAGAGGCAGAGUUGCCAACAGCAGCAGGCCAAGCACACCAACCGUGAACGCAGAUACCAAAGACACCGACAGCGACCGAGAGGGAGGGACAGACACCAACGACAGCAAUGAUAAAGAUGAUGAUGACAAGAAGGAAGAGACCACUAGCUCUUCAGAGGCGAAUUCCCGCUGCCAGACUCCAGUGAAACUGAAGAUUCCCGAUCCGCCUGAAAACGUCGACUGGAGCGGAGCGGAAGCCUCCCUUUUCCGUGUACUCAUCGGCACUUACUAUGACAACUUCUGUGCUAUCGCUCGCCUCAUUGGCUCCAAGACCUGCAGACAGGUGUAUGAAUUCAGGGUAAAGGAAUCCAGCAUCAUUGCACGUGCACCUGCUGAGGACGAAGACACACCUCCAAGAAAGAAGAAGAGGAAACACAGGUUGUGGGCAACACACUGUCGAAAAAUUCAACUCAAGAAAGACGGUUCCUCUAAUCACGUCUACAACUACCAGCCCUGUGACCACCCGAGGCAACCUUGUGACAGCUCUUGCCCGUGUGUCACUGCUCAAAACUUCUGUGAGAAGUUCUGCCAGUGCAGCUCGGAGUGUCAGAAUCGUUUCCCGGGCUGCCGCUGCAAGGCUCAGUGUAACACAAAGCAGUGUCCAUGUUACCUGGCCGUGCGCGAGUGUGACCCCGACCUCUGUCUCACCUGCGGAGCUGCAGAUCACUGGGACAGUAAAAAUGUGUCCUGCAAAAACUGCAGCAUUCAGAGAGGUGCCAAGAAGCAUUUACUGUUGGCACCAUCUGACGUGGCCGGAUGGGGCAUCUUCAUCAAAGAGCCAGUUCAAAAGAACGAGUUCAUUUCCGAGUACUGUGGAGAGAUCAUCUCCCAGGAUGAGGCUGACCGCAGAGGAAAGGUCUAUGACAAAUACAUGUGUAGUUUCUUGUUCAACCUUAACAAUGAUUUUGUUGUUGAUGCUACGAGGAAAGGCAACAAGAUCAGGUUUGCCAAUCACUCUGUCAACCCCAACUGCUAUGCAAAAGUUAUGAUGGUUAAUGGGGAUCACCGAAUAGGCAUUUUUGCCAAGAGAGCCAUACAAACCGGGGAGGAGCUUUUCUUUGACUACAGAUAUAGUCAAGCAGACGCUCUCAAGUAUGUGGGCAUCGAACGUGAAAUGGAAAUUCCAUGAAUCUGUCUACCUCUGGAACAAAUGCCUUACACUCUUCAGGAAUUUUCUCUCCACAUGACGUUUCAAUACGUUUCAAUACUGGCUUUUAUAGGACAAGGUGAUCUGCCAACUUGGAUAUUUCUAGUAGUUUUUUACACUUCUGUCUUUUCUGUCAUUGUUUUUCUUGACCAACAGGCAAACUCUGGGAAUUCAUGUUUUGACAGUAACUUGAAUAUUCACUUGUUUACAGCUUCCAGUUUAGUAGAGAUCAGUCACUGUCUAAUGGGCUGUUUGUUUUCCAGUGUACCGACCGUUUUAUUGUAGAUUUUUUUUUAUUUUUUUUACAGUGAUCUAUUUUAUUUUUUUUUUCUUUUGCAACCAGUCAACGUCUUUCAACCUUUGGACCAAACUGACAGUAAACCGUGGGUUCAGCACCAGUUUAUUAGGUACCAGAUCUGUAUAUGGGCUGAUUUAUACUGAGUUUGCAAAACCGGAUGCAUUUUGCGCAGAUAAUCGCACAUAUUCUGAGCAUGUGCACCUGGGUCAGUGGUGCACAUCCCAAAACAGUGUAGGAUUUCACUGAAGCACAGAAGCAGCAACGUACUGGACUAGAUGAAGUGAUUUUGCUCUCGAUGCUGUAUUAUUAUUAUUUUUUUUCUUCUCAGUAUUAUGCCUCCAUUUAUUUAUUUCUUUUUAUCUACACCCCAGACUUUUCUUUUUUCACUUCCUCUUAUUUUGUAAUAAUUUUAGAUCAUGUAAAGUAGCGUACACAACACUUGUGGAUGUGCUGUUAUAGGAAAUAAUCAACAUUGGCAUGGUCUGAUGCUACCUGACAUGAAGUGGAUUUACUGUUACUACCCUGGAGUUGAUUAUUUAAUAACAACGGCGCAUCCCAAAGUUUUUAAUUCCUCUAAUACCACCGAGGUUUAUUUGCAACAUGUUCCUGUUAUCUCAUAUGUUGCAGCAGCCAUAAACAGUAGUACCAUCACUAGCCUGUUAAGGUAAUAUAACAAACACCACUGCUGGUCAUUGCUGAGAAACUGAAGUGUAAAGUGGGGACCGAUUCUCACUUCAGCUUGUAAAAUCUUCUAUAAAUGUUACAUUAAUGUGUCGUUUCAUAAAACUUCAUGAUAUUAAAAAUUCUUAUUUUUAAGGCACUACUAAAGUGGCUAAAUACAUACCUGUCAUUUAAAUUACAGCCAAUACUGCUCUCAGUGCUGAUGUAAUACAGAUUUGAGAAUUCUCCAAUACUGUUACAAGUGUGUUCAUUGUCGUCUAGUUUGGGUCUCUAGUCUCAAUGAUACCAGAUACAAUUCUUUGCUAAACCAAUCAGAGUGCGCACGAUCCCCAGUACCACAGAUUCACACAGUCUGUUGUUGGCAGUUUCAAACUACUCUUUACCCAUAAACCUUUUCACACACACGCUUACUUGUAUCUUGAGGGAUCGGUAUAAAUCAGCCCUACCUAAUAAACUGGACUCACUGUGUUGAGGUGUUUUGAUCUAUUUGUAAACCAAAGUCACUUUCUCUGCUUGUCUGCCAUCAAAAGCAUCUACAGAGGGAUCAUGUACUUUCUGGACUGCCAGAGAAUCCAGUUUCUGUAAAUUAAAUGAAAGAAAAAAAAAAAAAAGUAAGUAUUAAAAGGACAAAGAACAGAUAAAUACAGUAUCUAACUUGCGGUGCCUUGAAAUUACACUGAAUUGUUUAGGUGUCCUAAAAUGUUGGUGAUUUGUGUAUUGAGUUUGUUGUAUGCAUGAACAAAGAUUUCAUAUGGAGUAGAAAUCAGAAUCAGGGAACUUUUUGACAUUUAUUUUUGUUCUUUGAGAAAUCUUCACAACUUUUGAGCAGCUCUUUGCCAGACUAUCACUGUAGGAAGGAAAUGGUUGGACAGUUAGACAGUCUUCCUGUUCAGUUUUGGGUCAUCCACUAUGUUCUGGCAAUGUUUUUUUUUUUUUAUAUAUAUAUAUAUAUAUAUAUAUAUAAAAUCUCACAAUCAAGAGCACAAGUCAGUCAAUAACAUUCUCAAUCAUUCUCAAAAAACCUUUUCCUAAUCAUUCAGUGUUUCUGAAAGGUAUUGUCUGCUCUGUUUGAGCGUGGAUUACUGAUUUAUUAUACUGUUAAUCAUUGAUUUAGACCUAACUGAUAUAUUGAGCACCUUUUCUUUAAAGCUAUAGUCAGCCCCUAAUUUCCUCCACACAACACACCUAGGCUAGAAUGGCUGAAUGUCAUGGAAGUGCAAGAAACACUUCCUGGUCCUGAUGGAAUGGAUACUAUUCGUUUAUAUCAAUUGUUUUUGUUUCGUCCGAGCUUUCAGGAGCCACAGAGUCUGAAAUGUGUUAUUUGCUUAGAUUAUCUAUAUAUGUAUAUGUAUAUAUAUUUUUUUUAUAACUGGUGCGAUGUGAUAAAUUCACUUUAUAGAAAUAUCACUUUAGGGAUUAUAAAAGAUUAAGAAGCUAGUAACGAGCCACGGAGUCACUUAACUGAUGGAAUGGUGCUCUUACUUUCAACGGUAAAUACUUCAUCUACUGCGUGUACUGAGAUGUAAUGAAUCGUCACUUGCAUACAGGUCGUCAGAGUGCAGUCUGUGAUGCAUAGCGAGAGGUCUGUGAUUAUUAUUAUUUUUUUUAUUAUUUGAUUUUUAUUUUUUUUUAAUGUGGAAAGGACAGCCUACCAGUAUGAAAGUUCUUAUAUUUAUAAUGAAGCUUUUAUUAGUGUGUUUAACUAGAAUCGAAUGGGUUUAAUCUAAACUGCAAACUCCAAAACAAAGAAGUCCUAUAAAUAUUCUUUUGGAUCUAAUGUGUUGGUCAAUGAGAAGCUGAGGAAUGAAAAGCUCUACAUCUAUAAUAAAUCGGCGGAAUAUUAUCGUAGACAUCUUAAUGAUGUCCCUGCAUUCAAAUGGUUUUGAGGCCCUUGGCAUUCUAUCAGCGAUUGUAAUCAAUAAUGGAACAGUAUAAUAAACGAUUCAAAAUUAUUACAGUAUGAAUCCCUUAUCGUUAAGCGUUACAGAUGAAUGGUGCUAAUCUUUAUGGUGUGAAGUCAACAGUGUGUUAAGGUAAACGUUGUUCUGUAUAAAUAAGUUACAAACGGUACGUAAAUACCACACCAUAGGUGCGGGUAUCUUCUCGCUAGGAUAUGUCCAAACAAGUUGGAUGACCCAUGAAAUCCAGUCCCUCUGAAUAUGGCUAUGAGAAGUCCACAGCAAUAAGAUCAGCUUCCAAUAACCUACAUGUGAAAAUAUUUAACUGUCGCUAUUUCUAUAAGCAGAUUCUGCAAGCAGGUUUGGUUUUUCUGUAAUUUAUUUAAAAAAAAAAAAAAAAAGAAAAGAAAAGAAAAAAAAAUUGAUGUGAUUUGCCAAGUAAAUUCUUAAUAGUUUUCUCAGCUCGAGUUUGAUAGCUUCUCACCAGCUUGUUUCUCCUGAAACAUUCAGUCUUUCAGUCAUUUUUUUUUCCCUGAGGGUUUGUGACCACUCUGUUUCUCUCUGCCUCUGAUUGUACAAGGUGCUGAUUUUUAAAUGUUUACAGAUAAUAUUGUUAAAAGUAAUAAAAAA